AUGAGAAAUAAAUUACCACAACAAUUUGCAUUGUGUCUGCAAGCACCAUCAUCAUGCGUAUCCGAAGAUGAAAAUGAUUUAAAUAAUAAAAAUGACAAUAAUAAUAAGAAAAAAUCUAAUGCCACUUCAUUAGCUAAAGAUUUUAAAUCUCGUGCGGCUAAUUUAAUUCGUCGACGAACAACCGAUUCAACAUUAACUGAAAAAAGUUUUGUACCACCCGGAGAAGAUGUACUCUGUUGGGAAGAAUCAUUUGAACAUUUACUAAGGCAUCGAUCUGGUCAAACGUUAUUUCGUGCAUUUUUACGAACAGAAUUUAGUGAAGAAAAUCUUGAAUUUUGGCUAGCAUGUAACGAAUUUAAAUCGUGUAAAGAACAAAAACGAAUAGUAAAAGCAAAAAAAAUUUAUAUCGAUUUUAUUGCUGUUGGUGCACCCAAACAGGUAAAUCUUGAUAUUGAAACUCGUGUAUCAACCAUAGCAUGUCUAGACAAUCCAACGGUGGACGUGUUUGAUCAUGCUCAACGACGGAUUCAAGGCCUGAUGGAAAAAGAUUCUUAUCAACGAUUUUUAAAAUCUGAACUCUACAUCAAUUUGUUACGAAGAACAUCUUACCCGAUUCAUCGACGAACUUCAAUGGAACCGACAAGUUCUAAAUCGUGA